CUCUUCACAUUAAUUUCCUGUUCAUCGGUUUUGUUGUUUGAUUUUGAUCUCGGUCGCUAUGGAAGUGAAAUGAAAGGACUUUAUUUCAUGGAUGACUUUCACAUAAGGACCAAAACAACUCGUGACCGGUGCUGUCUGUGUCGACCCACACAAGAUUUGUCUGAGGAAAAUAAUAUAUAAUGGAGCAUACCUAGUAGUUUUGAACUAAUAAUACUUAUCAAAAUGGUCAGUUUGUCGGAUACCUCCAGACAUUCAGGGGGUUAUUUCUUCAAUGACGAGCAGAACUCAAUCAAUACAUCGGACACGGAGGAACUCCUGCGCGACCAUGUGGCCCUGACCGGGGACGGCGACCUCGUGUUCCGGAGGAUCAACACUGCGUGGGCCAUUGUGUGUCAGAUACUGCUGUCUAUUGCGCUGCUGACUGGCUCGUUCAUCAUCCCCGUGUUCUGCCUGCAGAGCGCAUGUGGAGCAGACGACAUAGCGCUUGUAAUCUACAUCCAUGGGUGCUUCUGGUUCAUUUUCCUGGCGUUCGACAGAUACUACCGACAGCAACACUAUGUCAACAGACUCAAUGGCUACCUGGAGUUCUAUAGGAGGACCAAAAAUAUUCGUAGAAUGCCGUUCUUGAUCACAUCCGGAGGCAAUGCUUUGCUGCUGAUAGUCACAAGGAUCCUGGAUGAGUACUGUCACAAGCCAGACAAGUGCUCCUUCCUGAAGAAAGAAAACUAUAUCCAGAUAGUCAUCGCCAUGGAGACAGCCGUCAUGCUGCUCUUCCUCGUCAUGUACCUGGCAAGGACCUUCCAGUUCAACCGGCGCCAGGCACACCCCGACGUGAAUCAGGACGAGAUGCUGAGCAGUUUCAUCCAAUCUCAGUCCCAGUCUUCAGACAUCGGCUUCAGAGACGAGAACUAUGUGGACCAGGUGUUGGAGAAGCAGGCUGACAUGAUCCGUUACCUGAAGCAGCACAACUCACAGCUUGGGAAGAGGAUUCUGGCGCUCACCGCUCAAAACAACUCGCUCAGCGUGUCGCGCUCAUGAGGCAACAAGGAGCGGCACUUCUCCAGAUCUCAUCUCCACAAGUUCUUGGAACAGGAGAUUCUUUUAUUCUUGCACCCUUUAGUGUGUUUGGAUGGAUUGUGCCGAACUGAAGACCGUUGUAACAUUGCAGAUCUUGCAGAUCAGAAUGUCUAAAUGUGUUUUUGAUGGAUUAUGUGGAACUGAAGACCAUUGUAACAUUUGCAGAUCUUGCAGAUCAGAAUGUCUAAAUGUGUUUGGAUUGUUAUUGCAGGACAGUUGCACAUUGAACGGAUAUGUGAGGUGAGGUGAGGUGAAAUGGUGUUGAAAGAAACGUUGCAGAUCAAAGAAGAAUGAUUAAUCUCCUCUUGGAGGUUAUCAUGUUCCAGAGAAUUGGUGUAACAUUCUGAAAUUUUGCAGAUCGAUAUUGUGUUGUAUUGGUGUGACAGUGCAACGGGAGACUUUGUCACGGAUAUAUUUGGUAUGUCAGGGAUGUAUGCCAGUAAAACUGGAGCUGAUGGUGAUCAGUCCUUUCUGGGCUGAUGAUGAGAAUACUGCAGUGUACACCCCGUUGUCCUGAUCUCACCACACCUGGAUGGGGCCCACCUGUUUGUGUUGUGGGUUGGAGCAGUGUUCGAAAUAGGCGCCUGCCCGUAGGCCCGUGGCAGGUGGAUCUUGUGUCUGGCCCAUAGUUUCAAAUUUGGUAGGUCCUUGUGGCCUGCAUCUCCCCGAGGCAAGAGAGUUAACUGACUUUAAAAGUCCAGUUUCCACCCUUGCCGAACUAGGCUGGAAUUCCUGGGCUCUAUCGUAGCGCCACCAGUGGUUAUUACGAGUUAUGUCCCUUCUG